GAAAAAACAAAGUGUCGAUUGUGUCGUCCAGUUUCUACGACAGGAAGUCGGCCGUCCACGAGGCUCUGUGCGACAACAUGGACACUCGCAUCGCCAUGGAGGAGAUGAGGCAGCUGGUCAGUCAGAGCAACAGCUACAUCGCCAGCAAGAAGAGCGCCAAGCUGAGGCCCAACCGCAUGCUGAUGGAGAGCAUCGCCGUCUACCUUACCAGCAUGAUGAAGAUUUUUGGAGCCAUUGAAGGAUCGGAGCCCAUCGGUUUCCCCGUCGGAGGACAAACUCAGAACAUCGACCUGGAGAGCAUGGUGAUGCCGUACCUCGCAGCGCUGUCAGAUUUCAGAGAGGGAGUCCGAAAAGUCGCCCGCGAGCAAAAAGUGAUGGAGCUGCUGCAGCUGUGCGACGUCAUCCGUGACGAUACGUUACCGGAGCUGGGAGUCCGACUGGAGGACCACGAAGGUCUGCCCACUGUGGUGAAACUGGUGGACAAAGAGACUUUACUGAGGGAGCGCGAGGAGAAGAAGCAGAUUGAAGAAGAGAAGAAGAAGAAGAAGGAAGAAGCUGCCCAGAAGAAACAGGAACAAGAGAUGGCCAAACUGGCGAAGAUGAAGAUCCCUCCGUGUGAAAUGUUUCGAUCAGAAACAGACAAGUUUUCCAAAUUCGAUGAAACGGUAAAUCCUUAAUCUGUUCUGCCUUUAACCCUUUGGAACCUGGACCGACAUCAGUUUUCUUGGUCUUUUCACGUGCUAUUUAACCCUUUAAAACCUCAGUAAAUUAAUUUCUUUCAAUAACACGAGGAAAAAGCCAUGACCAACUUGACCAGAAUUGUCCCACAGAUUGCAAGAAAUGAUUAAAAAAUUGUUUUAA